GCAAUCUCUGUGCGCGUUUCAAAUCAGUUUUCUUAUUUGUGCCUGAUAUCUCCUCCCGUGAUUGUCGUCGUUUUGGAAUUACCCAGGGGAAGUCAAAAGCUUCAAAUUCUUCAAUGGAAUUUUUCACUUUUUUCCGUUCUUUCUCUAUUUUUUUCCUGGUUUCGGGCGACGAAAGAUUUUUAUGAGUCGACACGUUGACCGAACCGUAUGGCGUGUUGUACAAUAACACCGCCGCCAGGCCAGCUGUGCACAGCCACGUUGUUAUGUAUAUUCUUUAUUACACGCAUAUGUGUGUGUUUGCUGGGCAGCAUUCAGAUAAAAACAAAAAUUGUUUCUCCCCUCCCCCCCUCUUGCUCGCUGUUCGGUCCGUCCGUUCACCCAAAAAAAGAAGUAAAAUAAACGUAUUCAUCACGCCGACAUGGAUUUACUAUGGUGACUGGAACACACCACCAUGUGUGUGACUUAUUUCGUUCGUGAACAAAGAGUGGCCCGGGCCAAUAUAGACUGGGAUUAUCUGGCGACUGGAUCUCUCUCUCUCUCUGAGCUCUCCACACUCAAACGGAGCCAUACUAAUAAAGCACAACAACAACAACAUUCACUGCUGUCGGCUAUCGCGUGUAAUCGGUAUAAAGUCAAGAGUGUUUGUCGGUCGAAUUGAGAGGGAGGUUUUUUUUUUCUCUCUCUCUUCCCUUCUUAUUAUAUUUGAAAGUUAGCGCUCCCCUUUUUUGACUUUUUCUUUUCUUGGCCGGCGACUACCGGAUUUUCACGAUCCUCCUUUACGACAUCCCAUUUACAGGAUUUUUGUUUUUUUGUUUUGUUUUUUUCCCGUUUUCAAAUAUUUGUCGCCGCCGCUCUUUUGUGGCCGUGUUUAAACAUGUAGAGAGAACAAAUGACGACGUUUAAAAAAAAAAACCUUUUGGAACGGGAUCGUUUCGCGCGCUAUUUGAUUCACCCGCGGGUUGAUCGCUGUUCACAUGGCGACGCUCGUAUAAUUUAGCGAUCCUGUAGGGAUUUUAUUGCGACUCUAAGCGCGCGGCGGUUUCACCCUUCAAUUUCAGGCCGGUUUGUUUGUUUGUUGUUUCGGUUAUUUAGUCAUUUUUUUUUGUGUGUGUGCGUGUGUCCGGGGUGUGUUAUUUGUUUGUUGCUCGCCUCUUAUUUAUGAGACAUUUUCUCUUUGUUGGGAUAUUCCGAGUUGACCGACUCAAUAGCGAGGGGUAAAAAAUGUAAAAGGGAAUUUUUUUCGGGGGGUCAAUGUAUGUUUUUUUCUCUUUGGAAAAAACCCAAAAAAAGAAGAGAAGAAUUUCUGGCGGUUACGUGUCAAAAGGGAACCGCCACUACGGCCGUCUCCCCGCGCUCAAGUGGAUUGCUCAAUCAUACGGAGAGAGAGAGAGAGUCUCAGAGAAAGAAGGCGUCAAGUCCAAUGGACGUGUAAUGAAUUCAAGAAGCGUUCCAAAAGAAUUUUUUCUCCUUCUUUUCUUUGCCUUUCGUUCGCUUUUGAUCUUUCGCCUUUUCUUCCCCCCCUCCCCCCAUUGGUGGCCGUUGGUGAACCGCAGUCUGCCGCAAACUCCUAAACCGGAUCUUUUCGAGUCUUGGACGUCACGACGUUUGGGAUGUAGUAGUAGGCACACACACACACGUCAUCGCGGGACGCGCUCAUCUAUAGGAGCCGCGACGGCGGGCGCCCCCGGUCCGCUAGUAGCGCGCGAGUCAUCUGCUUUUUUCAGUGGGUCUAGCGUGAAUCACGCUCUAGCGCCCGCGCUCUCUUUUCUCUCUUCUCCAACUCCUCCAUCGUCAAAGGGAAACAACCAAAACGAGAAAAAGAAAAAAAAUAAAAAAAAGAUACAAAACGUAUAUAAGAAGACGGGAAGAAAGGCCAGCUAGAUAAAAAAGUUUGUGUGGGUCCAGCAUUUAGUCGCGGGAGGCUGGAGCGUUCGGUCGUGUUUUUUGAUCGAGAUUCCACUUUCGAUCGGCCUCGGACCCCCGAAUCCAAAUUCGAGUUUGUUUGUCGUUGGUCGCGGUUCGAUUAUUAUUUAGUUCUGUCCGAUUUGAGAAAUUUGGUCGAGAGAUUUUCGAUUCAAGUUUCAUCAUUCAACAACAACAGCCGAUAAGAGUCGGGCCGAGCUGUGCCCGGCCUUUUGGCCAUGGACGCGCCAGCGCUCGUCCAUCAUACGGUCCCCAACGGCCGCCACUGUCUGAGCUCUUGCCAAGUGUCUUGUGGCGUUGUGUCGUGGUGGUGAGCUGCUGCGGCCAUGCCAUCCGCCGGAUUAUUAUGUUGUGUCACCUCCGCCGUCACGGCCGCUUGUCGACAUUUCACAGGAAACUGAGAACUGCCGUCCUAGCGGAAUUAUUACUUUUCCUGAUGGUGGCGAAUUGCGCACCAAGCAGGCCGCGGGAGGACGCCGGCCGAGUGCCCGGAAAUCCAGCCUCAUCAUACCUGCCGUCCGUCGUGAGUAGCAGCAGCAGUAAUAUCAUCAAAAGCGGACACAAGAGAAAAGAGCCGGCCUCGCUCAGCCUCAGCCUGAAAGAUCAUCCGCCCAACGAAAUCGCCGGAUUCCGCAGAGUCUACAGAUGGAGCACGGGCUGCUCGUCGGUCCGGCCCGGUGGCGGCCUGUUGCGCUUUCUGCUCAAAGGCGUCGACGCUCGCGGCGGUUCCACUGACCCAGACACCGAUAUCGAAUUGUCUUCAGUCGGCUCCGAAGGCAAAGUCUACAUCAUCUCAAAGACCCGAAAACAUUACCUCUGCUUCAACAAAAAGGGCCAACUCGUCACCAAGAAACGACUUGGAGGGGAUAAGACACUUUGCCAAUUCUACGAGACGUUAUGGCGGGGCAACAGGCGCUUCGUCAGCGUCUACCGACGCCAUCAGCAGCAGCAGCAGCAGCCGGUUGUACCUUGGCCGGUCCCGCUUCCAGGCUCUCCGGAUCGAAGCAGCUGGAAAGACGGCAGUCCCUUGUCGCCGGUGGCACCUGCUUUCCAAUUGGACAAUCAAGACCAUCCGGACGACUGGCACGUCGGAUUCGACCUGUCGGGCAAGCCGCUCAAAGGCUCGGCUUGGCGCAAUUCCAUUUACCGAUCCUGCUUCGACCUGGUCGAGCACGUCGACCACGUCCACAGCUCCGGCGUCCGGCCGUCGCCCGUCGGCGACAACCAAAUGGAGAUCAUCUUUCAAAGUGAAAAUAGUGUGCCCGAACGUGCGGCCGAGACGGGCUCCGGCAAAUCGCGAAAACUGCCGGCCAGCAACAAUAGUCCGGCGACGCCGAGUAAAAACAACAACAACAAAAAUCCUCACGGCAAGAGCCAAGCCAAGAACAAAGUGAACGGUGGUAGUGGUGGUAGUGUCAAUAAAAACAGUUCGGGACGGACGGCGCCCGUCAAUCAUAAAAACGGUGCAGCUCCUCCGAGCAACAGCUGGAAAUCUCCGGGUAGUAAUAGUGGGGCGGCUGCUAGUAGCAACAAGCGGAACAAUCACAAGAUCAGCCAGCAGCACUCGUCGGCUACUAGCAGUGGUGGCCGGAAUCGGGAAGGUGUUUUGAGUGAGGAACAAGUCCGAGCGCGGAAGCCCAAAAGUGAGAAAGCCAAAGCGACGAAAGAGACGGAACUGAUGGCGCCCGUCGAGUUUUGGACGGUCGACGACACAGACAAGUACAAUGACCGUGAAACGGCCGCUCUCGCUCCGGCCUCCGCCAACGUCGACUUUGACUCUUACCUGGCCGAAACGGAACAACUGCUGGCCCAUCCGGAGCGGGUGAUUGGCCAUUCUGAAGACUCUUCCGCCAGUGCGACUGGCGCACCCGCCGUCGCGGCGUUCUCCUCCUCGACGUCGUCCACAUCUUCUCCUGCUCAGCGAUCCGCCUUCAUCCAUCUCGACUCGGGCGGAUGGGAGGAAGUGGUUUACAGCAAGUCGGGCGACUCGACUCCAACAGCGCCGAUCCUGCACCCAAAAGACGAUUCGGUCAAGAAUGAUCAGUGGCAAACACAAAUGAAAUGGAAAAACGGAGAAGAGUAAAUAAUAGUUAACAACAAGAAAAUACAAGUUCAAUGGAAGAAAAACAACAAACAACAACAAAAUUAGACAAAUUUCAUCAUCCGUUGCUGGUUCUCCUGCUGCUGAUUUUUUAAGUAAAUUCGACUCGUUCCCGCACUCGUGUACACAUUUUAAAAAAAUAAUUAUAAAUGUCCGCGUUUUCUUUCCCCCCUCGGAAUGUUUACAUAUAAUAAUAAUCCGCCGCCAAAGUCCCUUAUUAUUUCUCUCCUUUUUUUGAAACGGAAAAAAAAAUUCGAGAAAAUGUUUGUAACUUUUUAUGUCGUCGUCCUCCCGUUUUUCUCUCUCUCUCUCCCACACACAUUUUUGUACAUUCCCCACCCCCCCCACUCUACGUGAACGAAACCGUUUUUCGAUACUUGAACAACAUCCUCACACAUCCGCCGCUCAACCCUUUUUUUGACACGCCGAGAUUGUCUCUCUAUCUCUACAUCUCUCUCGACUCUUAUUUUUUUUUUAAAUCCAGACCCACACACUACUAACCUCUCUCCAUGAUGCUAUAAUAUAUAUUUGUGUAUGUGAACGUUCGUGCCAAUGUCAUUUCCCUCUUUAUUUUAUUUUUUUAUUUGAAUUUGUGUCUCCCUCCAUCUCUCUCUCUCUUUCCCUUUUUAAUUAAUGUUUGUGUGUGUUGAUAUUGCCAUACUAUAUACCGCCGCCGGGUCGAGUCACGUCUUCAACAAAAACAAAAAAAAAAGAAACAAAAAACGGAAAAAAUUCCCUGAAAAAAAACCGCAAAAAAAUUAAUGAAACGACAACAACAAUUAACAAAAAAUGUUGCUCUCUCUCUAUCUCUCUCUCUUAUUAUUCCGAUCAUCGGUGCCAGAUCUGCUUUCCCUUCUUUUUGAAUUAUUAUUUACAUUUGUACAUUGUUUCAUAGUUAUGUUGUUUUUUCCUAAAAAUUCCCAUUCUCUCUUGUCUUCUUCUCUGCAGAAAAAUUGCGCAAUGUUGUCUGUACAGCCCUGCCACUCACCUACACAUCUCCAAUGCCCAUCAUUAUUUUAUUUUUAUUUUUUCACCACGAAUAAAACGAAAAUCUAUUUUCUGUGUGUGUGUGUUUGAAUUCUUGGACGCUAUCAAAGUAAUAAUGCGUAAUCCGUAUAUCGCCAUUUCUCUCGACACACUGAAACCAAGACAUUACACACACAUAAAACACACUCGGUAUUUUUUUAAUUUUCAAUUUUUAUCUUUUCAAUCUCUUCCGUGAUUUCUUCAUAGACAAAACACAAUUUUUUUUUUGCUUAACGACAAGAUAAAAGAAAGAAAAGAAUUAACCUUUUUCGAAAUUUUAUAACCACGACGAUGAAAUUAGAAAUUCUUGGAUAACGUUCAAAUAAUAAAAUAACAAAUUAAUUUUGAUGGCUGAUGGUUAUUUUCAACACACAUUGAAUAAUCAGUUUCGCCCUGUAACCCUCUAAAAA